CUUAGUAAAACUAAUGGUGUAUAUAUACUUUGUAAAAUUCAGGGAAAUUAAAAAUAUUUAUGCAAUGAAUAAAAAUUAUGAUAAGAAGUCCAGUAGACCAAGUAGAUCUAGAGAACGAGACAGGGAACGUGAAAAAGAAAGGGAUAGAGAAUAUAGAGAGCGAAGACGUUCUAGAAGUAGAUCAAAAGAUCGUAAGAAAGAUCGAAAACGAUCUAGAUCUCAUGACUUAGAUAAAUCUCGAGGUAGAGAUCGUUCCAAAGAAAAAGAUGUAGAUAGAAUUCGUGAAAGAGAAUGUGAAAGAUCCAGAGAUAAAGAAUAUGAUAAAUCUAAAGAAAGGCGAGAUGUUAAAGAUUAUAAAAGUAAAGAUGAUAAAAAACAAAAAGUUAAUCCUAUAUUUGUAACUGAUGAAGAGAAGAGAGACGGCAAAGUAUCAUGUAAAAAGGAAGAUGAAAUAGAAGAAAAUAUAGAUCCUAAAGUAAAACCAAUAGCUAAAAAAGAGCCUUUGAGUUUAGAAGAAUUAUUAACUAAAAAAAAAGCUGAAGAAAAAGCUCGUGCUAAACCAAAAUUUCUUUCUAAACAAGAACGAGCUGUAUUAGCAUUACAGAAACGACAAGAAGAAGUUAGUGCUAUCAGAAAACAGCAAGAAGAACAAAAAAAGAACAUUUCUCAAAUUGAUGCAUCAAAUUCAAAUAAUAAUAGAGAAUGGGAUGAUCGUGAUAGACGUAGAGAAAAUCAAAGGUCUCGUGAUGAAGAAAUUAAAGAUAAGGAUAAAGAAAAAGAAGUAGAAGCUAUAAAAGAAAGAUAUCUUGGAUUAGUCAAAAAGAAACGGCGUGUAAGAAGAUUAAAUGAUCGUAAAUUUGUAUUUGAUUGGGAUACUUCAGAAGAUACAUCAGUUGACUAUAAUAAUAUUUAUAAAGAAAGGCAUCAAGUACAGUUUUUUGGUAGAGGAAAUUUAGCUGGCAUUGAUAUUAAAGCCCAAAAACGUGAUCAAAGUAAAUUUUAUGGGGAAUUAUUAGAAAAAAGACGAACAGAAGCAGAAAAAGAACAAGAAAAGGUAAGAUUAAAAAAAGUGAAACGAAAAGAAGAAAAGCAAAAAUGGGAUGAUCGUCAUUGGUCAGAAAAAGCACUUGAUGAAAUGACUGAACGUGAUUGGCGUAUAUUUCGAGAAGAUUACAAUAUAACUAUUAAAGGUGGUCGUAUUCCCGAUCCAAUUCGAUCAUGGAAGGAAUCUGGUUUUCAAAAAGAAAUUUUGGAUAUAAUUGACAAGGUUGGUUAUAAAGAUCUCACACCAAUUCAGCGACAGGCAAUUCCAAUUGGUUUACAAAAUCGUGAUAUUAUUGGUGUGGCUGAAACAGGGUCAGGUAAAACAUUAGCUUUUUUAAUACCUCUUUUAUUGUGGAUUACAAGCCUUCCAAAAAUUGAGCGUCUAGAAGAAGCUGAUCAAGGACCAUAUAGCAUAAUUCUAGCUCCAACACGUGAGUUAGCUCAACAAAUUGAGGAAGAAACAAAUAAAUUUGGUCAACCAUUAGGAAUCAGAACUGUGGUUGUCGUUGGUGGUCUUUCUAGAGAAGAACAGGGUUUUAGAUUAAGGAUGGGAUGUGAGAUUGUUAUUGCUACACCUGGAAGAUUAAUAGAUGUUUUGGAGAAUAGAUAUUUAGUUUUAAAUCAGUGUACAUAUAUUGUUCUUGACGAAGCAGAUAGAAUGAUAGAUAUGGGUUUUGAACCUGAUGUACAAAAGAUUUUGGAAUAUAUGCCUGUUACAAAUCUUAAACCUGAUAAUGAGGAUGCUGAAAAUGAAGAAAAACUCCUGGCUAAUUAUAAUACUAAAAAGAAAUAUAGGCAAACUGUUAUGUUUACAGCUACUAUGCCAGCAGCAGUUGAAAGAUUAGCUAGAACAUAUUUAAGAAGACCAGCAGUAGUGUAUAUUGGCAGUGUAGGUAAACCUACUGAACGAACUGAACAAAUUGUACAUAUAAUGGGUGAAGCUGAUAAGAGAAGAAAACUUAUGGAGAUACUUAGUCGUGGUGUUGAACCACCUAUUAUUAUUUUUGUCAAUCAAAAAAAGGGAGCUGAUGUACUUGCAAGAGGGUUAGAGAAACUUGGAUACAAUGCUUGUACACUUCAUGGUGGUAAAGGACAAGAACAGAGAGAGUAUGCUCUUGCCUCACUUAAAAGUGGAAGUAAAGAUAUUUUGGUUGCUACUGAUGUUGCUGGUCGUGGUAUUGAUAUUAAAGAUGUUUCUAUGGUUAUUAAUUAUGACAUGGCAAAAACAAUUGAAGAUUACACACAUCGAAUUGGAAGAACAGGUCGUGCUGGAAAGGCUGGUAUAGCUAUAUCUUUUUGCACUAAAGAUGAUAGUCAUCUUUUCUAUGAUCUUAAACAAACGAUCUUAUCAAGUCCGAUUUCGACUUGUCCUCCAGAGCUACUGAAUCAUCCGGAUGCACAACAUAAGCCAGGAACGGUUGUUACUAAAAAACGACGAGAAGAAAAAAUUUUCGCUUAAAAUAUUUAACAUAAUUUUGUUUAACAAUUAUGUAAUC